AUGGUCAUUGGGAAGCAGUGGCCAAAGAGACAAGAAGAGAAUCAGACGAGGCUGGGGCCCUGGAAGCCCUGUGAGGGAACUGUUUCAAUGCCAGUCCUCGAAGCGACGGGGGUCACCCACCGGCGCCGGGGCGACCCUACCGAAAGCAGCCCCACAGGGAAGCGCACCUGGCUUCAGGUUGCAGGGGAGCCUGCGCGCGGGCGGGCGGCAGAGGCCAGAGUCGGGCCACCACUUGUCGGCUGUGCGACCAAGGCAGGUGACCAAGCACUGGCAGAGGAGGACCCCAUCACCCUCGCCCACAAACUCCUCUCCCUCCCGCAAACCUCAAGGGUUCCCACCGAGAGGUCGCCGCCAUCCUGUAAACGGGGCGAACCCAAAAGGCGUCGCCACCCAAAUCCAGGGGCUGCCGAGCCAACGCAGCCUCAAAUUAAACGUGAAAUUGGCCCUCGCACGCUGUGGGGACAAAGCCCUCAUUGUCCUUCCGCGCGGGUAGCAGCGGCAAGCCGUGCCCACCCCGUCCCGGAUGGUCCCCGCCGCCGGGACCCGGAAAAACCUCGGCUGGCGUGCGUGGACGCGCCUGGCGGUCGGCUCCCGCACAGAGCAGGCGCCGGGUGGGCGGCGGCGGGGUUGCGGACCGGAGCGGCGGGCCGGCCAAAGGGAGGAUCCACGCGAGCGAGGGAGGCGGCGGAGAGGCGGGUGCAGGGCGUGCGGGAGAGCGCGCGCGUGCGCGCCCGCGCCCGCGCUCCCUCUCCCCGCCCCUCGCCCCCUCCCGGCCAGCUCCCUCCGCCCCCCGCCCCCCGCGCUCCCGCCCAGCCCCCGGAAUCAGUGCAGCUGUUGCCGUGCAGGCUGCGGAUUCCUCCAGUCCCUCCCUCGGCCGCCUCUCCUCCCGGAGCGAGCGCGCACACCCGCGCCGUAGCGCCCAGCGGUCCCGUCCUGCGAGAAGAUGCCAACUCACUGGGGCUGCCUCGCGGGCGGCGGGCGGGAGGAGGGGCGCGGGCCCUGGGCCGGAGGACGCCGCUGCCCUGCGCCCCGGGAGCGGCGUGGGGGCGGGGAGCCUGCAGAGCCCGGGCGGGGGCGACGCGGGGAGCUUGGGGCUCCGGUGCUCGUCGGCGCUGGGGGGGCGGCGAGCUCCGCAGUGAGGCGGCCGCGCACACCCGUGCUCGCCCCCCACCUCCCGGUGGGCAGCGCCGCUCGCUCCCUCCCUCGCCCUCUCUCGCUCCGGCGCGGGGCUGGUGCGGAGUGGGCAGCCCCGAGGGUGGGUUUUCAGGUGCCCUCGGGCCGCGCGGGCGGGGAGCGGGGGCGGCGCUGACAGGGCCCGGCUGCGCGCGUAACGGUACCGGCGAUGCGGCCAGGCGUGGUCCGGGCUGCGCCGCGCUGCAGCUGAGCCGGAGGCGGCGGCCGGCGUCCUCCCUCGCGCCCCCUCCUCAGCCCGCCGCCCCUACCCCCCGGGGGCUGGGCGGGAGCCUCCUCGGGGCGCGGAGCCGCCGCCGCGCCCGCCCUGCAGCUCCGGCCACCCUGCCUUCAACAGGUUUGUACCGGCGCGGGGACCCUCGGGCCUGCCCUGCGAGGUGGGCUGCACGCCCCUCUCGUCGUCACCCCCACGCCACGCCCGCGGCCUGCUUUUUUUUUUCCCCCGGGGGGGGGGAGCCUCCCUUUGUUUUUGUGGGAGGAAAAGGUGCCAGGUGCUGCUAUCAGAUGGGGGGAGGAGAGGGGAUCGGGACACCAAGCAUUGUCCGUAAUUUUUCUCAUCCAAAGCCUGGCCAGCUAGUGAGUGAGGAGAGGGCGAGCGUGGGCAGGGGGAAAAAUGGGUUCGGUGGGGUUUGUUUGGGCGGGGAUGUUCCUUUUUGGCAAGAUGGAUGGCUCGCGUCUCUCGCCGUGAUGCAGCACAAUGCAGCAGUAUCGCAGCUUCCGCGGGUCUCGCCGGCGGGGCUUGGCACGGCCACUCGGCGCCUGCGGCCCCCGCCCGGCCCCACCCAGGCCCCGGGCUGCCCGCGGCGCUUCUACCUCGUCAUGCUGCCUCAGCUGCGUGCUGAGGCGUCGGGGGGACCAGGCCGCCUAGAUGGGGUGGGGGGGGGGACAGUCCGCUCGGCCGGCUUGACCCCCUCCCUCCCUGCCCGUGCGGGGACGGAGGGGUGCCCUGCAGCACUAAUGCAGGCUGAGGGUUGCGGACCAGAAUCUGAUCUCCGACCGGCGGCGCCCUAG